AUGGGAUGUUCCAAUAGAAGUAUUGAAGGAUUUAUUUUAUUGGGUUUCUCAGAUUGGCCUCAACUGGAACCAGUCCGUUUUGUCCUUAUUUCAAUUUUCUACUCUUUAACUCUCCUUGGCAACUCCACCAUCAUCGCCCUUUCUGUCCUGGACCCUCAGCUGCACACACCCAUGUACUUCUUCCUGUGCCACCUCUCCUUCCUGGACCUCUGCUACACCACCAGCACUGUUCCCCAGCUUCUGAUCAACCUCCAUGGGCCAGACCACACCAUCACCUAUGGAGGCUGUGUGGCCCAGCUCUUCAUCUUUCUGGCCUUGGCAUCCACUGAGUGUGUACUCCUAGUGGUGAUGUCUUUUGACCGCUACGCUGCAGUCUGCCGUCCACUCCACUACACGACCAUCAUGCAUCCCCAGCUCUGCCAAAUACUAGCUCUAGUCACCUGGCUGGGAGGCUUAGUGAAUUCUCUGAUUCAGACAAGCCUCAUGAUGGCCAUGCCUCUCUGUGGUGUCCAGAUCCUCAACCACUUUUUCUGUGAGAUGCCUGUCUUCCUAAAGCUGGCCUGUGCAGACACCAAUGGGACAGAAGCCAAGAUGCUUGUGGCCAGAGCCAUAAUCUUGGUGGUUCCUGCAGCACUGAUUGUAGGCUCCUAUGUCCACAUUGUUCGGGCUGUGCUCAGGGUCAAGUGCAUGAGUGGGAGAAGGAAGGCCUUUGGGACUUGUAGGUCCCACCUCCUGGUGGUUUCUCUCUUUUUUGGCACAGGUAUCUACACAUACUUGCAACCUAAGAGUAGUUAUUCUGAGAGUCGGGGCAAGUUUGCUGCUCUCUUUUACACAAUAGUUUCCCCCAUGCUCAAUCCUCUGAUCUACACCCUAAGGAACAAGGAUGUGAAGGAGGCUCUGAAGAAGGUGUUAGGAGUAGUCAGUGACUCAGGGUAA